CCCUCUGUGCUCGGUCGUCGUCGCAAUCUGCUGGAAUUUGUGCAGCAAGUUUUCCCUUAAAAUUAACCCGUUCUGGUUCCGAUUCCCCGGUCCGACGCGUUCCCAACCGCCCAGCGCAACUUCCAGGUGUGAAAAUGUGCGAAAAUUUGGCCACAGUUCGGUGAAAUUGAGCAAAACGAGCAGUCCCCGUUCUGAGAUCGUGACUUUCUAACUGCAGCGAAAGGAUUUUGUUGCUGGGGUGUGAAGAAGGGUUUCGCUGAAUAUUGCUGCUUGCGAGAUAGUUCCGACGGUUCAGCGGGUUAUUCCGGGAGGAUGGCGAGUCCACGGACACGGCGAGUGCUGAGCGAUUUGAAGCCCAACAACGAUAACACGAAAUGCUUCGAGUGCGGCACGCACAACCCCCAAUGGGUCUCGGUGACGUACGGUAUCUGGAUCUGUCUGGAGUGUUCGGGCAAGCAUCGUGGCCUCGGCGUGCAUCUGUCCUUUGUGCGGUCCGUUUCGAUGGACAAGUGGAAGGACGUCGAGCUGGAGAAGAUGAAAGCGGGCGGAAACAGGAAGGCGCGUGAAUUUUUCGACGCCCAGGACGACUGGGACGACACGCUGCCCAUUACGCGCAAGUAUAACACCCGGGCGGCUGCUUUGUACCGGGACAAGAUCGCCUGUCUGGCCCAGGGCAAACCGUGGGAUCAGGCUUCGGCGCUGGGUCGCAUUAGGGAGACCGGAUAUUCCGGCUCGUCACAUUCCAGCAGUGGAGCUAGUAGCGGGGGAUUGUCUCACUCGCGCAGCAGCGGUUCCGUGCAGUCCAGCGGAUAUUCCGGGUCGUCCGGGGGUGGGUACCAGAACGGCGGUGGCUACCAGGACACGAGCUACCAGCAGUUCAACACGGCCGAGUUCAAGUCGCAAAAGGAGGAGUUCUUCAGCCGGCGGCAGGAGGAGAACGCCACGCGGCCGGAGAAUCUGCCGCCGAACCAGGGUGGCAAGUACAGCGGGUUCGGGUACACGAUGGAUCCGCCGCCGCGCAGCCAGAGCCACGAGCUGUUCGAUACGGUGCAGUCGUCGAUUGCGACGGGAUGGAACGUCUUUUCCAAGGUGGCCAACGUGGCCAAGGAGAACGCCCUCAAGUACGGCAGUCUUGCCUCGCAAAAGGUAGUUGAGGUUUCUAGUACCGUCACGGAUAAGGUCAAAGAGGGAACCCUUCUGGAAGGGGUUGGCUCUGGCGUGUCCAGCCUUGCUAGCAAGGUCGGUGAAGUUGGUCGCAAGGGGUGGGGCAAUAUCGGAGGAUCCACCGGCUAUGGCACGCCCAGUGGCAGCGAUCAAUACAACGACUUCCCAUCGAACGGUGGUGGAAGCGGCGGCGGCUACCAGCGUUCCUCGUCCAACGGUAAACUCUCCGGAUACGGUGGUGGAAAUGGCUCCGGCAAUGGCGGUGGAGCCGGCGAUUGGAACUCGUGGAACAACGACAACGGCGGCAGCAGCUCCAAUGCCACGAAGUCAUAUCAAAAUCCGGACAACGACGACGAAGAGUGGACCGGCUUUGAGUCUCACGCGACGACGGCAACGGCAAGCCAGGGCGAGUUUGGCGGGUACCAGAGUGCCACGGCGUCCUCAGAGCAACGAAAUCACAACACUUCCGGUUCCGGUAGCAACAGAUCGAGUGCGCGGAGCAGUCUGAAGAUGAAACAGUCGGCCGCCGCUACUAGCCUGGACAGUGACUUUUCCUCGCUGGACAUCAAGGCCAAACCGGCAGUCGCGAGUACGGCGGCGGCGAAGAAGAGCAACAACGCCGAGGACGACUUGUGGAACAUGCUGAACAACUAAAAGUUGUGGGCGGUCGCUUAAAGUGCAUGGAGUAAUAAUGUUUUGUUUUAGCCGAUUCUAUUUAGAGGAAAAGGAAGCCGUAUUUAAAAAAAAUCCUUGUAUAACUAUAUAAUUUUUUCCUUGUGACGUUCGCAUCCAGAAUGAUAUUUUUAUCCAAUUUUUUUUGUUUAACCAACGCAUGUAAUCCUUGUUCUGUCGCAUUUUCCUCUAAACUCCUUUCCACGCCGUAUUUUAAGCAGAUGAAAGAAAAAAAAAAUCACGUACAGAGUGUAAGUAUUUAGCAACAAUUCAAUAGCAAAACAGAUGAGUUGAGAGAGAACCAAUUGUGAAACAGAAUCUAUAUUAUAUACACAAAAAAAACUAGUAGCAGAAUGCAGAGAGUAAAAUAAACUAGAGAGCAUGCAGUUAUAACAAUAAUCAUGAAGGACAAGUGCAGGCAGUACAGAAUAAUUACGAAUCAAUUAGGCGCAAGGGAAGUCCGCGGAAAUGGUACUGAGAUACACACUGAAAUAAAGUCUAUAUUGUAUGUGCAAAUUAAAA